UUGGACAAAGAUUGCUCAAAUAAGUUCAGUAGCUCAAGAUAUUAACAACGACAUUCUGAGAUUAACUCCUAUGAUGUAAUUGUUUCAGUUAAAGUAAAUAAGUAAUACUCAUGUUUUUCCAUAUUCAAGAAGUUUUGGACCGUCAGUCCAGUUGACUGAGAAGUUUCCCCGAUCAAGCAAGAUAAUGGUGUACUUGGGCUUCCGGCUUUUCUCCAGCGCUUCCUCAUUACUUUGCUGAGCUCUUUGUCGUGAACAAAGACAACUCUACUGAAGUAUUUAUAUAGGCAAAUUGCAAAGAGCAAUUGGACUCCAGACUGAUUUGUGUUGCGUGUUUCCAGCAUUUCUAAUUUUGGCUGGUCUGAUUUGCCUUCUGCGUUUCAAUUGCCACGAGAGCUUUGUGCCAAUUUGCAGUUUUAAAAAAUUCAUUCAAUUCACACCUAAAAUAUUUUUUUUGACCGAAUGGCACAUCAUUUAUAUAUUGUUGAAUUUGUUAAAACUCUUUCCUCUGUGCGGAUCUUAACGGCUAAUCUAAAGUUGCUACCUUCCUUUUCCAGCUAAAAAAGCUCACAACGAUAAUCUCUGUGAAAUUGCCGUAAGCCAGCAAUCUGUGUGUUUGCUCUAAGUUGUAAUAGACAAAUUUUCGAUUUUUGGUAUUCAUAUCGAUUUUUUCUAUACAUUUUAUGUAUUGAUGUACAUUUUUACGUGAAAUUUUUUUUUAUCAGGCUAGAUUAUGGAUGAAGAAAAGUUGGCCGCCGGAGAUGGUAACAAUGGAAGAUCAACUGCAGUGACUAAAUCCUGGAUUUCGGGAGUUUUUUUCAGCCUUGCAAGAUUCAUUGUGAACUCACCUGUGAAUUUGUACACGUUCGUUGCCCGCCAUUUUCUACAGAGGUUGAGAUUGUCUUCAACAACACAAAUGGGGCACAUUGAGAAUUUUUCGGGAAACAAGACAGAUGAUUGGGGAGAAUCGGUGCUGCAAAGAGUACAUAUGCUGGAACGUCGAAUCUCUGAGUUGGAGAUGCGAGCUGGAAAGAUUCCCAACCGCCCCCCUGUGACUUUCCAAACUGUUGCUGAGGCAACAAUCCACAAUUCCUACGAACUGGGAGGAGUAGUUUCUGAAGGCAAGCCUCAGAAGAGUGCAGCAGCUGCAAAUAAGCGAAAGCCAAGCCAGUUACCCACCACUCCAAUUAAAGCUGCCAGAAAGCUUCCUCAUUUAGAUACCAAUAUUCUGUCUGGGUUCGGAAGUGCUUCCGAAACAGCCAAGGAUUUUACAGAGCCGAAUACACCAAACAGUCCUCUUGGUCUGAAAACGUCUACAUUGACGCCUCGAAGCCUGCAAUCGGCCGCUUCAAGGUGCAAAAGUAGUCCACGAGCUAAACUGCCAUUGAAGAAAGCUAAACAGGAUUAUGAAGCUUUGAUUAGUAGUCCAAAUAUCAACCGCCGAAUCUCGUAUGGAAAGCCGAAGGCUGACCGAAUGGGACGUUGGAAAGAACCAAGUAUCAAAAGAAAGAAAUCCAAAAUUAUAAUUUCAAAGACUGCUUCGGACAAAGAAAACUCGGUACCUUAAACUGCAUAGUUGCUUUUGAUUCAUUGUUAGUUUGUUUGAUUGUUUGUAAAUCGUUUGAGUUGGAUCUUUGUUUGGUUUUGACCAUAAAUUUGCAAUUCAAUUGUAACUGUCGUGUGACAAAGUUUCAUAUAAUUUACACU